AUGGACGUCCUUGGCAUGGAAAUGCCGCAAGAGACAGCGGACCUGAGGCAUAUUUUACUGGAGCUGGAGGUAAAGAUCAAGCAAACUGCUGGUGUGAUGCGCCAGUUGAGCAAUCUCUUUCCAGAGGAGGACGUUGGCACCACCACCACCACCACCACCAACAACAACAACAACAACAAUGUCAAUGGCGGUAGUGCCAAAGUGAACCCUACUGCCAAAGAAUCCGUUGCAGAGGCUGUCGUGACGCCGCUAGAGGAGCUCCAGAAGUAUGUGGAUGCAUGUGACACACUUAUCCAUGAUCGUCUGGCACACUUGCGUCAUCAGGUGGAUGUUGCGGUGGAGGUUUCUAAGUCUUAUCAAAAGACGUUUCCCGAACAUAACGAGAGAGUUUGUGCGGCGGCAGCGGCGAAUGCCCCUGGGAGUUCCCCGGGGGCGGAGAGUUAUACACCGAUUGGUGGUAACAUUUGCUAUGCGGAUGUGCGACAGUAUUUGUCACGCUUUAUUCGUUGGGAUCCACUGGAGCUUGAUCGUGUUAGCAACGCGGCAUCGAUGGUGGCGGAUGGGGCGCAUCGUCGGGUCACAUCCUCGAAUGCUGGGGACGGCGACGGCAACGAGCGGCAGUCGUUGUUGUUCCUGAAUUCACAGUUACCCUCCGCACGGAUUGAGGGUACUGUGCUAAGCUCUGCACAGGAGUCAGCACCAAGACGAGGCCUAAACGCGGUGGUGAAUGAUCUGCUACUGCGACAGCUACAGUACGAUGGCAUCCCGCUGACGACUGCAAUGGAGAUGGAGCUCGGAUGUUACGAUGGAAUGACUGCAGGAUCGAAUUUAAACUCCUCCGCUGAAUUCACACCGUGUGAUGUUAUGAUUUCACAAGAAAUUCGUCGUGGUCUUUUGCAACCCCGUGCAGAGUCUGACGAUGCGGGGGAUUUAAUCCAGAUGGUGCAGAAUGCAUACCCGCACACGGUGCACUGGAUAUCAAGGAUUGUGAGCCUCUGCAAUAUUCCUGCCACAGGUCAUCAUGGGACUUUGGGGGUUGGUGAUGCAAUGACAACGCGGUUGGAAGCUUUUGAUAGCUCAGCGUCAAUACGACAGCAGCCGGGGGAUAGUAGGAGAAGCGAAGGGUUGGCCGAUUCCACAUUUCUUACGGAGUUGGGAUUAGUGAGUGCUCCACACAGGGAGGAAGCACGGGUCGUAGAAAAUGAAGAAGAGCUUUUAGCAGAACAAAAUAUGCAGCGGUCUCAUAAUAGGGGUGAAAUUUGGUUGACAGCGCAAAUCCCGCCCUCUUUUGCAGCGACAUGGGGAUCCAGGGCGGAGGUCGGGGUGGAAGGUGCUGCCGCAUCAUUGACUGGCGGGGCGAUGCGCGACCAGCCUCAUGAAGAAGAGGGCGAGCCGAGUGAAGAGGCGAAUUCCCCUGAUGCAGAGGUUUCAUGGUCAUAUACGGAGGGAGAGGAGGGAGAGGAGGAAGAGGAAGAGGGGGAAGAGGAAGAACUGGAGUACGUCGAGGAACACGACGAGGGACAGGAAGAGGAAGAGGAAGAAGAGGAGGAGGCGGAGGAAAUAGAGAUAGACAUGAUCAUGUAUCCAGGGCCAUCCACCGCCGCACAUCGUCGUCAUCGUCAUCAUCGUCAUUUACAGGAGCAGCAGCAAUUGCAGCAGCAGCAACAGCAACAGCAACAGCAACAGCAGCAUCAACGGCAGCAAGAAGGGGGUCAUAAAAAUGGGAGAGAAAAUGCGGCAAGUCCAAAGGGAGAAGGAAGCGUCAAGCUUGUGGUUUCUGCGACACAGCAGGCUAAAAUUCUUCUAUCGGAUCUUGUUAUCGUUUGUGCCCUGCAGCGUCUCUCUCAAAUGCUUUCCGGAGGAAAAGAUGCAUCGAUGAAUUCAAAAUUACAGCAGGCGGUUGACUUUGUCCUUACUCUUCGACGCCAUCCGCUUGUGGAGUGGCGAAUGAUGUUUGAGCAGGAAUUCCAGCAUGCAAACGUAGACGACGGCAAGAAGAAUGGAAAGUCACAAAAGGAUCAUUUUGGAGCACCACCACUGUUGCUUACGUUUCAUCACGUUUUUGUUGCACUGGGCUACAUGCCGCUUUCAUUGAGCGAAAAUCAACAAAGCAAUAAACCUCAUAAUAAUUCCCAAAGGAAUAAUAAUGAUGAAAAACCGAAGGAUGGAUAUAACGCCCAGAAACGGUUUGCACAGGAGCAAUUGCUCUCAUGUGUUGCACCUUUUUUGCGUCUUUGGUGCGGAUGCAAGGAUAAUGGCUUUGAUGGUUUGGUUUCUUCAGACGUUUCUCAAGAUGCGGGUAAUGAGGAAUGCAAUCAAAUGCACGCACCCGUUCUACCCAUAUGUACAGUGCCAUAUGUUUGGCGGGAAUGUGUUUUAUUUGAGCUUUUGGAUCAGGCACAUAAACUUCGUCAGUUGGAAGCACUUCUUGUGAAACAUUCUGCGGCAUCAUCGCACUCUUCUUCUUCUUCUGCUACUUCUUCUGACGGCAGAUCACACCCGGAAAAUCUUUUAUACCGUCUUGUCUAUCCCUUGAGCACCUUUAUGUUAAGCCGGCUGGACGACUAUUGUGAAAAAGGACUUGUCGGUGGAUUUGAAGAAGAGCAGCAACAAAAUCACUUACAGCAGCCAAACACUUCGCUGCCCAUGCCAACCAAUCCGCCUCCUCUUCCUCCCCCACAACAGCAGCAGCAGCAACAGCAGUCGCAUACCGCCCCUUCGGAAACCGCGCGACGGCAUGGCCUGAAUGCACUUAGGACACUUUUUCCCGCGUUUGCCAAUUCCAGGAGUCGUGAUCGGGUCUCCACCGACGAAGCAUCUGGAGGCGGCAACGGCGCUGGAGUUGUUGGCAAUAACAAUAGUAAUAACAAUCAUAAUAGUAACAAUAACAAUAACAGUAAUAACAAUAACAAUAACAGUAAUAAUAAUAAUAAUAAUAAUAAUAAUAAUAAUGUUUUGUCCACACAGCGUCACCCGCCUCCUUUGCCACAAAGCCGGCGUCAACACGCCAUCAUACUGGAGCUUCCCCAUGCCACUGCGGUUCUGUCAGAGCAGGAUGAAUUACGACGUCGUGCGACGCCGUCUUUACUGUUUCCUCAAAAAACAGCCUGUUUUCAUUCGGCAAACCCCACUUUGUUCAUGGACUCAUUUCUCCACUGGCAACCCUUGUUUCAAAAGACCAUGUGCUACUGCCCGGUGACACGCCGUCGCUGCCUCGAUACACUUCUCUUUGGCGUCAAUCCAGAGAGACCGCAAGAAGUGUUGUCGACAUCAGGCAAUCGCCCAGCUUUCAACCUUGCGCUUUUGCUCAUGUGUGGACAUGUUAUUUCUAACCGGGCGGUAGUGUCGUUGCUGGAGCGACCGCAACGUCAGUCACGGGCGCAGGCGACGAGUGCUCGGUGCCCCUACUGUACGGCAGAGACUCCCUUGGAUCAGUUGAUGAUGCUACACUGCAUUUACUGA